AUGAUUACUCCAUAUCAAGAACAGAAAUCCGAACAAAGAGUCCGGGAAGAAGGUACAUUUAUAAAUCAUGGAAGUUCGUCGAUAUGUACAACCGAGAGCGGAGGGUUUUCACCGGAUCCAAAACAAUCCGACGCCAACCAUGAUCCAUUUCUUGGAACGAUGACCACAAAGAGUGAAGGGAUCAUGAAUGCCGGAAACGAAUUGAUCAUCAGAACAAAUCCAUCUCUUAUCAAUAACGAAGGAACCUUCACCUUAUAUUAUCCAUCUUCUUCGACGCAGCAAGAGGUACUUUGUCGUAAUAAUGAUAGAACUCUUACAUAUUUAAAUAAUCAAUCAUCUCAAAAUAUGGUUUCAAUGAUACAACCCACGCAAGGACCGACUCCUGCUUCCACACCUACACAGAAAUUAUCACCGAGACUUCGUUCGACUUAUGAAUUAAACGCGUCACAAUCUCGUCCAGAUUUAAGAUCUCAAUUAUACCCUCAACAACUUUUACAUUUACAAUUACAACAACCAGCCGAGCAGACAUCUGUUGAAAAUCAUUACCAAUUACAACAAUUUUUUCAAUCUCAGGUGGCGAAUCGACAGUUGGAACGACAUCAAAGGCCAACAACAUCUUUCUUACCAUAUCAAGUCCCUUUUUUACGAUAUAAUCAAAAAAAACAACUACCUAUUUCUGAAGAAGAACGCCAAAAACGUAGACUGGAGCGUAAUCGGAUCGCGGCAAAACAAUGUCGUGAGCGAAAGAAAGUAUAUGUUGCAAAUCUUGAAUCCAAAGUAACACGUCUUGAGGAAGAUAACGAAAGACUUUGUCGUGAACUUACGGAAUUAAAUACAAAAUUGCUGCAACAUACUCUUGUCAUUCAAGAAGGCGUCAAGUUGCACAUGUUGACGGAGGAAUUAGAAGCUAGAUUAAAUAAUCAACAACAGAAACAUCAAUCAUCACGACAUCAUCAGAAACAAUCCGGUAAUUCAUUAUCAUCAGAGGACACAGUAUAG